AUGUGUGCGCGUGCCUUUAGGGACGCCGGCAACGCCGAGGUAGGUUUGGUGGCGCUCCUGGCCCUUAGGGAGGCUGGGAACAUGUGUGCCCGCGCCUUUAAGGACGCUGGUAUCCCCGAGAUAGGUUUAACAGCGCUCCUGGAGCACGCCAGCAAAUCCAAAGAGUGCAUGGAGCAAUUCAGUCCAGCCGUCAAAGAGGAGAACGAGGUCUCCGUUCAGCUGUCACCUACCAGCGGCUUGGUGACGCACACCAUGGCUGUAGUAGCGCGGUCGCCACGUGCGUCCCCGCCGGGCGGCGAAGCCCUACUGGCCCCUCUGGCCGACCACGCGCGGCCCCUCAUCCGCGUCGUGGAGAUCGAGAAGGCCUUCCGCUGCGAGUACUGCGAGGACGUUUUCUACCUAGAGGAUGCCCUCAACAGCCACCGUGCUAUUCACAAGGGUGUUAAGAAUCCUUUCACUUGCCACAUCUGCAAAGUCAGCUUUGCGACAUACUCUAGAUGCACGACACACAAAACUACGCACGGCUUCUACAAGCGCUCGCUGGCCGAGUGCCAGAAGAGGGCGGGCGGUGCGGGGGUGGGGGACGCCCCGGCGGGGGUGGGGGCGGGGGCAGGUCCCGCCGCCACCGGCAUCCUGGGCUACGGGGGCUUCCCCGUCGUCAAGCACUUCCUGUGCGAGGACUGUGGACGCUCGUACCUUCACUGGACGUACCUUCAGGUCCACCGAAGGAUGAAGCAUGCGAACGAGAACUUCCUGUACAAGUGCAACCAGUGCGGCCUGACCUUCCCCAACAGCUGGAGUGUGGCGUACCACAGGAAGAAGAUCCAUGGCAAGAGCGGCCCAGAGGACGGUGGGGGAACCACCAAAAUCGCUAGAGACGAUUACAGGAUACCAUGUCGUGAUUGCAGUGAGGUGCUGCCGAACAAAACUGCUCUCUACGCUCAUAGACAGAAGGAACACAGCGACAUGACUCUUUCCAUGAGUGAUGAUCAAAGCUGUACGGGCGCGGAGGUGCGUGCACGUGCGCCGCCUCUGCGUGCCACCUCUUGCUGUAAAUGCGGACACAACUUCAGCGAGCCCAGCGCUUUGCAGCGCCAUCUCAAGGAGGUGCACGGCCACGAGGGGGAGUCGAGGGGCGGGGGCGGGGGCGGCGGAGGGGGGCCGCACGCGUGCGCCGUGUGCGGGCGCGCCUUCCGCUCGGCGUCCGUGCGCAACGAGCACCUGCGCGUGCACACGGGCGAGCGGCCCUACCCGUGCGACGUGUGCGGCGUCGCGUUCCGCAGGUCCACCGCGAUGCGCAACCACCGCCUCAUCCACUCGGGGGUCCGCGCGUGGCCCUGCCCCCGCUGCCCGAAGAGGUUCCGCAUCCGCUCGGACCUCCGCACGCAUCUCCGCCUCAAGCACCCCACUCGCCUCGUGGUCAUCGAGAUCGCAGGUUUGAACCCCACACAUGAGGAGGUCAUGCAGCACCUCCGCGAAAACAACGUAACGCAGGGCCGGAUUUUGGAGAUCACGAAAAUGUCCUUCGAGAAGGGUAGCACCAGUAUAGUGCCGACAAACGCCCGUGCGCUGUCCCUUCUCAGCGCAGUACCGCUUACUAAGGUAACCUGCGAGCCAGCCCAAAUCAACACCGUCUCCACAGACGCGGGCCUUCCAGCGCGGCGGGGCAGAGGCAUCGCUAAAAACCCCCGAAGGCCUAGAAUGCCCCAGGGCUCCAACGAUGACACCGACCAGGACUCGAACCCGUAUACCGCGCCAGUGGAACCAAAUGCAGAGGAGUUGGGCGGGCUGAACGUGCAGCUGAUGCUGCGGGACGGUCUACUGCUGCAGAUGGAAAAUACCGGCGGGAGCGAGCCGCCCCAAUGGUCAAGCCUCCCUGACCACAGCUCCGAAACAGCGGACAAA